GACACUAGACUUACAUUGUCGCCCCUUUGUGGACUGAAUCACAACAAACAAAAAGGUUAAAGGGAGCCCUCAUCCGGCCUCGUUUUGAUGUAAACUUCACCGGCUUAGAACCAGAAGCGUGUCGAAAGAAGUGCGUAUGGGCCGAUAGCGGUGAGAAGCGCUUUCUUUUUCCCAACUGUAGACGGCCGGCAGCGACAGAGGAGCGACAUGGGCAAGAUCUUAGUGUUUGAGAUCAGUUUCGGCAGCAAUAAGGCGGUCUACAGCCCAGGGGAAUGCAUUUCGGGCACCGUGAAAAUCGUAGUUGGCCAAACUCUACAAUAUAAAACCAUUAAGGUGAAUUGCCUUGGCUUCUGUGGUGUGUCCAAUCAGGAAAACAGUUCCACUUGGGUCCUGGAGGAACAGUAUUUCAAUAGCACUCUGUCCCUGGCGGAUACAGACACACUCGCCCCUGGAGAGCACAACUUUCCUUUCCAGUUUCUCAUUCCAGAGUCUUCUCCGACAUCCUUCGAUGGGAAAUUUGGAAGAACUGUUUACCGAUUGAAAUCAGUCAUAGAAACACCUCGCUUCUCGAAGGACUACAAUGCCGUGAAGCCGUUCUACCUGCUUAAGCCCCUCAACCUCAAUGAAGUUCCAGAUAUUGAGAAACCCAGUUCAUCUCAGGUCACAAAGAAGUUCACCUACCUCCUGGUAAAGACCGGGACAGUCGCGCUGAACGCUAAAUCCAGCAUGCGAGGCUACAUCCCUGGCCAGGUUAUUGAGCUGACCACCAAAAUUCAGAACGACUCAGGGAAAGACACCGGCCACAUGCUCGGCGCUCUCAUACAGAAAGUCACGUACAAGACCAAACGGCCCAUAAUCAGUACACGGAUGAUCGCGGAGGUGCAGGCCGCGGGCGUCAAGGCAGGAGACCACACUGAGUGGAAGGAGCAGAUCGUGGUUCCGAGCCUCCCGCAGUCAGGACUGGCUGGCUGCAGCCUCAUCGCUAUUGAGUACUAUAUUCAGGUAUCUCUAAAAUGUCCAGAGGUGUUAGUGACUCUGCCCAUAUACAUUGGGAACCAACCAAUCAGCAGCUCCUUUGUGGCACCAACUAGGCCCCCCCCCCCAAUCCCAGCAGACGCCCCUAUUCCACAGCCCAGGGUCAGGUCUCACACGGUGACCCCCACUGCUCCUCCAGCUGAGGAACUGGCAACCCCUGCAGCAGCUAAGACAAGAGCCCCCCAGGUCAAGCCCUGUCAUAGUUCUCCCGGCCUCCCGCCCCCAGGCUCCCCCAGGACCUUCCGGCAUACCCCAAACCAGGGGCAUUCCCAAAGACUCCGCGACCGUGCACAUUCAUCCGCUGGGCCUAUGGAGGACAUCAUCCACUUCUCAGGAAGAAAUUCCACACCUGCACCUACUAACAGGGCAUCAGCCAUGCAGAACAGAACAAGCAACCACCCACAAGACCCCCCUCCCACAUAUGAGGAGAGCUGCAGUGAUAAUGAUCCCAGGUUCAGCGCAGGAAGGAGACCAACAGUUGGGUUCUGAGGCUCCAGCUGAUCCAAGCUGCAGGCUUAAGCGGCGGGAUACUCUGCGAGUACAGGGGUAUUUCUGCUCAGCCUUAGCCUGAGGGAAGCCUUCACCUGUACACAACAUGUUCUCCUAUACACAAAACAGGGAAAAUUGAUGCUUCGUCUCUCAUCCAGACUGACUUGCCUUCCUUACAUUGUAAGGGAUUGGACUGAAACUGCGAAACAAUUUUAUCUGCACUUGUGAAACACAUGAAGAGCAAUUCACAAAUCACAGAACUGGAGAACUGGUUAAAGAUGCCAGCAGAGACAGAUUAUCGUGGUUAGAGGCCCCUGUGCUAUUUAAGCUGUCAGGAACCCUCCUACUGUAUUCUAUGAUGGUAUGAUUGUUGACCCGCGGUGGGGGGAGUUAACAUUUUAAUAAAGCACCUUUUUUGUUGAGGUCCUCGGGCUGGGGAAUUAAUAUGCCCCUGUACGCUGGGUGUAUUUUUAAUAUAAUGCAAUAAAAAUGCAUCUUUUAUGUAUAGGAAUCCCAUAGUUUUAAGAGCAGCCAAUGCUGAAUGGUUUUUUAAACUAGAGAACAACUUUCAAAGAUAUUCUCAACAUACUAAUAUAGCAUUAGAAGCAAAACUUCCCAGGAACCCCAUGUGAGUCACUAAUAUGUUUUGUAUCAGUCAGGGUAGUUGGGUGUAGACCUGGAGCCUAUCCCCAUCAACAUGCAAGUGAAGGCUGCAGUACAAACAGUCAUUCUCUAUGGCAGUGUUUCCCAAUCCGGUCCUCAGGGACCCAUAGCCAGUACAUGUUUUUGCUCCCUGCUUGACAGUCCAUGUUUUUGCUCCCUCCCAGCUCCCUGCCAGACAGUCCAUGUUUUUGCUCCCUCCCAGCUCAUUGCCAGACAGUCCAUGUUUUUUCUCCCUCCCAGCUCCUUGCCAGAUAGUCCUUGCUUUUGCUCCCUUCCAGCUUAUGGUAGGGAGCAAAAAUGUGGACUGUAUGAGUCCCUGAGGACCAGAUUGGAAAGCACUGCUUUGUGGGCAAUUUUAAAGAUUCUAGUUCAGCUGGCUGUAUGUCUCUGGAUUGUGGGGUAUGGGGACCUGGAAGAAACCUGCUCAGCCUGGCGAGAACAUGCAGUGUCCAGAAGGAGCAAAGAUGGGAUUCAAGCCCCCGCUUUUGGAAAUGGGAGGGUAUAAUGGUACUCUCUGAGCCACUGUGGGUAUUUACUGAUGCUGAGGGUGAUUGCUGUCCUUUGUUAAUGGGCCCUUUUUACCCUCAACAUCACAAAGAACAGCUGGAGGGAGACCAACACAACCAAAAUAAGAGAUACCUUGGAUUCUCUUGUCUGUCACUGCACUUCUGCCUGGCCUUGAUUAUGUAUAUGCAGCUCAUUGUGUAGUUGUUGAGCAUGCAGGACUAAUAUGGAUUUGGAGAGGCAAUAAAACACCACUGCUGCAUGUUACCUGGGUUGCAGCUAAACACUCCAGUUAAGCUCUUUCUAGGCUUGCCUCUGUCAGUCUUUUAUAUGUUUUGAAGGUUAAAAUGAACUCCCACCAACUCAUUACCAACCUGUCACAUCUUUUAUACAGUGUCAUAUUUCUCUGCUUAGAAAAUGGACUAUUGGUAAUAGUCACUUAUUCAUUGUCCAUUAUGUUGAGCCUGUGUUUAAACUACAAGUUUUAUAUUUGACAGUAACCACUUCAUUUCCAUUCUGGAACAGCUGACUUCCUGUGAGGUGACUUCCUGUCAGGUGACUUCCUUCCUUCAUCAGAGAUUUCCUGUGCAUCUACAUUAACCCAAAUUGCUCCAGGGACACUGGCUGACCCUGCAUUCUGAUACUUGCUUGUAUGUUGCUCUGGACAAAAGCAUCUGCUAAAUAAAUGUGAAUUUUAUACUA